GCGGCGGAAGCGGGUCCGCGCAUCGCAGCGGGCGGAGGCGCCGCGGGCCGCCCGGGCAGAAUGUCACGAUGGACGAGGGGGGCACACCCCUGCUCCCCGACAGCCUCAUCUACCAGAUCUUCCUCAGCCUGAGCCCCGCCGACCUGCUGGCCGCUGGCCUGGUGUGCCGCCAGUGGCAAGCCGUGUCCCGCGACGAGUUCCUAUGGAGGGAGCAGUUCUACCGCUACUACCAGGUGGCCCGCGACGUGCCCCGCCACCCAGCGGCCUCGUCCUGGUAUGAGGAGUUCCAGCGGCUCUAUGACACGGUGCCCUGCGUGGAGGUGCAGACGCUUAAGGAGCACACUGACCAGGUCCUGCACCUCAGCUUCUCCCACUCGGGGUACCAGUUUGCUUCCUGCUCUAAGGACUGCACAGUAAAGAUCUGGAGCAAUGACCUGACCAUUUCACUGCUGCACAGCGCAGACAUGCGACCCUACAACUGGAGUUACACCCAGUUCUCCCAGUUCAACCGGGACGACUCACUGCUGCUGGCCUCGGGGGUGUUUCUGGGGCCCCACAACUCCUCCUCGGGCGAGAUCGCAGUCAUCAGCCUAGACUCCUUCGCGCUGCUGUCCCGCGUUCGCAACAAGCCCUACGACGUGUUUGGCUGCUGGCUCACCGAAAGCAGCCUGAUCUCGGGGAACCUGCACCGCAUCGGAGACAUCACCUCCUGCUCUGUGCUGUGGCUCAACAACGCCUUCCAGGACGUGGAGUCGGAGAAUGUCAACGUGGUGAAGCGGCUCUUUAAGAUCCAGAAUCUCAACGCCAGCACCAUCCGCACGGUGAUGGUCGCUGACUGCAGCCGUUUCGACAGCCCUGACCUCCUGCUGGACGCAGGGGACCAGGCCGCGCCCGGCUGCCGUGUCUUUGAUCUGGGGGGGGACGGUGAGGAAGAAGCGGCUGACGCGACUCUGCCCGGCCCCGGCCGGGCCAAGGGGGGCUCGCGGCCCGCGCUGGACGGCGUGCCGGGCGGGCGCGCCCAGCUGUCCGAGCGCAUGCUGGAGACCAGGGUGGCGGAGCUGCUGGCCCAGGGCCGCACCAAGCCGCCCGAGCGCGGCGCCACCGACUCCAGGACCAAGUACCUCAUCUUCACCACCGGCUGCCUCACCUACUCGCCACACCAGAUCGGCAUCAAGCAGAUCCUGCCCCACCAGAUGACCACGGCGGGGCCGGUGCUGGGCGAGGGCCGCGGCUCCGACGCCUUCUUCGACGCCCUGGACCACGUCAUCGACGUGCGCGGGCACAUCAUCGGCAUGGGCCUGUCCCCGGACCACAGGUACCUCUACGUGAACAGCCGCGCCUGGCCCCCCGGCUCGGCGGUGGCCGACCCCAUGCAGCCGCCCCCCAUCGCCGAGGAGAUCGACCUGCUGGUGUUCGACCUCAAGACCAUGCGCGAGGUGAAGCGGGCCCUGCGGGCGCACCGCGCCUACACGCCCAACGACGAGUGCUUCUUCAUCUUCCUGGACGUCAGCCGGGACUUUGUGGCCAGCGGGGCUGAGGACCGCCAUGGCUACAUCUGGGACCGCCACUACAACAUCUGCCUGGCCAAGCUGCGGCACGAGGACGUGGUCAACUCCGUGGCCUUCAGCCCCCAGGAGCAGGAGCUGCUGCUGACGGCCAGCGACGACGCCACCAUCAAGGCCUGGCGCUCGCCCCGCACCGUGCGCGCGCUCCAGGCGCCCCGCCCGCGCCCGCGCCCCUUCUUCUCCUGGUUCGCCAGCCACAGGCGCUGAAGACGCCCGGGGACGCGGCCCUGCGGUCCUUCACGGAGCCACGGAGACGCUCACAGCGGAGAGGCCUUAGGAGGGCGUCGGCCGACCCCGGCACCAGCGCGCGCGGCGCCCCGCGCACCGAGCCAGCAGGCUUAGCACUAGAGUAGCUACCGGACGGCACCAGAGACCCCACGAUGGCCGCCCGGCCGGUUUGGGGUGCCAAGAACCCUGGGGGCCCUGCUCCUUCCCCACUGCUUUCCCCGGGCCUGACGUCCACACGGCCCCCGCGGACCUCCACGUGAGCGUCGGCCGUGGACGCCCCACCCGGGGGGCAGGGGGCCCCUGUGCUGCAGACGCCCCGCCUCGGGGGCUGGUCUGGGCACCCAGGGGGGGCCGGGGGCCCCUGUGCUGCAUGUGCGCUUGCCACGUGGUCGGGGCCCUGAAUAAACAGCUGGCAACA